GGCUUAAGCUUUCAUCCCAAGCUCUCUUGGAUCCUGGCAAGUCUCCACAAUGGCACGAUCCAGCUGUGGGACUACAGGAUCGGUUCCUUGAUUGACAAGUUUGAGGAGCACGAGGGAGGUCCUGUGCGAGGCAUUUGCUUCCACCUCUCGCAGCCACUGUUUGUUUCCGGUGGCGACGACUACAAGAUCAAAGUUUGGAACUACAAGCUCCGAAGAUGUAUUUUCACUCUUCUAGGCCAUCUCGACUAUAUCAGAACGGUCGAGUUCCACGACGAGUACCCGUGGAUUCUUAGUGCAUCAGACGACCAGACCAUCCGAAUUUGGAAUUGGCAGUCGAGAUCUUGUAUCGCAGUCUUGACCGGCCACAAUCACUAUGUGAUGUGCGCACACUUCCACCCCAAGGAGGAUCUCGUAGUUUCCGCCUCCUUGGAUCAGACCGUGAGGGUCUGGGACACUUCGGGGCUGCGAGAUAAAACCGUGGCCAUCGGCUCGUCCAUGGGUGGCAUGGGAGCUCCUGGGAAAGGUGCGAACGACGUCUUCGGCACGUCAGACGCAGUAGUCAAGUAUGUUCUCGAGGGCCACGACCGGGGUGUGAACUGGGCAUCCUUCCAUCCUACGUUCCGCACUCAGAAAACGGCGGGCGGUCCAUGUUUUCGAGGGUGCAGCAGUCUGGAGAACAGCAGCUACGGCGGUUCAACUUGUCUUGUCCCGGACACCCUGACACUCCUGAGCUCUUUCCUUCCUGCGAAGCACAUUGGGUUCAUGCAGUUCGCCGCCGAUCUCAAAAGCGCAGAAAUCUGA